CCCUCCUAUUGAAUAAUCCACAAUAGAAUUUUGGCUGUGACCACCUGCUAUACCCACAAACUCCUCUUCUCACAAUGGCCGAAGGAGCUUCCAGUUACCCCUUCAUGUGUCUCCUCUUACUUCUCACUGUCUGCACUUCCGGAGUGUCUCCACUGAAACCAUGUGAGCAGGAAGAGCUCAAAAUAGAAGAGAAGCAGAACUUCCACUACUCCCACAGACUCCUCCUCCACAACCUCCAACUCAAAGCAACGCAACAUGACACACUAACAACUCUCCCCACAACACCGGUCACCGUCUCGCCCGAAACCAUACCCACGCCAACAAUCGUCACGGUUCCCGCCACCAAUCCCGAGGCGACGCCUGUAGCACCCGUGACAGUUCCCUCCGCGAACCCUGUGAAUUCACCUGUACCAGUCACCAACCCGGUCACGACACCCAGCACGGUUCCGGGGGCACAACCGGCAACCAGCCCAGUUACGACUUACCCGCCCCCAUCAACCGGAGUUCCGGCCACAACCCCGGUCACAAAUCCGGUGUCUCCUCCGGCAACCCCAGUCACGAAUCCGGUGUCUCCUCCGGCAACUACGGGUGCUCCAGCGGCAGUUCCGGGGCAGAGCUGGUGUGUGGCGAAAAGCGGAGUACUGGAGAGUUCGCUUCAGGCAGCGCUUGAUUAUGCUUGCGGGAUUGGAGGCGCGGAUUGUUCAGGGAUCCAGCAGGGUUCUAGCUGCUACAACCCAAUUUCUCUUCAGAAUCACGCCUCGUUUGCCUUCAACAGCUAUUAUCAGAAGAAUCCAUCCCCAACUAGCUGUGAUUUUGGAGGCACUGCCAUGAUAACUAACACUAAUCCAAGCAGUGGAACAUGCAUUUACCCAUCAUCGUCGUCAUCACCAGCGACGGCGACGACUCCAACAACACCAGCAACGACGACUCCAACAACACCAGCAACGACGACUCCAACAACACCAGCGACAACAAUGACUCCAACAAUGCCAACAACAAUAACACCAACCCCAACAACUUCUUCUUCAUCUGGGGCAAUUGUACCUGUCUCUGCUUCUCCCACAGUGUUUAAUACAAGCAAUCCUGCUUCGGGUAGCACGACAGUUGUUGGUGAUAACCCUCCUAGUGUUAACUCCUCUACAUCCUUGGCAACCACUUUGCAGCCAUUCACUGGCUGCAUCAUCCUAGUAAUAUCGGUAGUCACAAGAAGACUCAUUCUAGACAAAUAGAGGCACAAACUUUUGCCAUGGACAUCGACAGAUCAAAAGCUCAGAGCAUGAAUGAUUCAGAGUUUAGGCAGUUCCAGCCUAUGUAUGAAUCAACCUCACAUUUAAGAAAACAGGCGACAAGUUCCCGAAGGCUGAAUUCAGAUACCGACAUCUUGCUCAAGCUACUCGCUGGUUAGCAUGAGCUUCUUUCCUGCAGUAAAGUUUCAACAUGAUACAGAAUUAUGUAGUGCUUUUCAUGUUUAGCUACUAUAUAUGUACCUGUGGAUGUAUGUAUGUAUGUAUGUAUGUAUGUAAUCGUGCAUGCAUGUAUGUAUAUGAAUGCAUUCUACCUAGUGAGGCAGUUAGGCUGGUUGUAGCAAAAGGAGGUUCCAAUCCCUUGUGUGUUUAUGAAUUUGUAGAUCUGUAUGCGCGGAUGUAAUACUAACUUAAUAAUCAUUAUAUA